AUGGCUGAACAGACAACGGAAGAAAAAGAAGAAUGUGACCCAUUGAGAAGAUUUGACUACCAGAGGUUGAGUGGUGUAAGUAGCAGCAGUUGUAUCAGUAAUUGUAGCAGCAAGAGGAGUAGGGAUGGAUGUUCAGUACUCUCCGACCCCAGACUUUCCCAGCUGUUCCAUAUAACUCAGAGCUUGGGAAAGAUGGCGGACGAAUUUCCAGAGGUGUGCGGUGAAAGAAAUAUAAAUGCUGAGUAUCCGGAUCAAAAUAAAUGUAAAGACGCCCUGUCCGAACUUGAUAAACUCAACGACGACAUUCUUCGGCUUACUCCAGGUUUGAGGUAUUCAUCAAUGUCUGAUAAAAGGCCAAGUUCAAGCUUGGGGGAGUCCUGUACCCCCUCUCCAGAUCUCAGGGGGGAGGAAGAUAUAUGGAAGACCAGGUGUAUUGAGCUAGAAGAGAGCCUAGGGAGGUUUAGAGAUCAGGCUAACAGGAUCAGGGACAUACUCCAGAUAAAGUUAUCUGACUUGGAGAAUCGAGUGGAAGAUUCCGAGAGCAGGGCAGAUACAGCAGAACAAAAGGUUCAAAUUCUGAUAAGACGACUUGAGGAAAUAGACUGGACUCCGUCGGAAAUAUCACAACAAGCGGAAACUUUUCAGAAGUUAGUAAUGGAGAAAGAGACCAUAAUAAAAUCCUUAGAAUCAGAAGUGGAGUCACAGGACUGGGUGACGAAUAAAUUACGCGAGCUUGAGGAACAAAAUACGCAUUUGAAGCAACAGAAUGCGUACUGCAACCAGCAGAUGGAGUUGUUAAGAGCACAACUAGAACGAAUGCAAGAGGAUAGAAGAACCAGAGACAGUCUUGAAGUUAGUUUCAUUUAA